UGGGGGUGUGGCGUAGCUGGUUGCGAAGGCGAGGCGUCCUUGCCAGCAUAAAUUUAAACUGCCAGUUAGGAGAUUGUAGUGUUGUUUGGGUUAUCGUUAGUCUUUAGUUUUCAAGAUCCAAACACUAACCGAAUAGUCGAAAAGAGGGUAUUAUAGUGUCUGUAAACUGUAAAUGUGUUCCGAUAACUGUAUUUCUAGUUGUAUUACAAAUUCGAGUAGUCGUUCACACUGUACGUCUGUCAUACAGAUAUAGUGAUCAUGUAAGAUCUCGUAAUGAGUGGCCAAGCUGUUAUAACGUCGUGUUUUAUUAUAUAUUUAUGUUAGCAUUUUUUUAAAUAUAGAUUUUAAGUAUUAAGUAAUGGCCCCCUGCAUUUUAUUGAUUGAAAAAUAUGUCUGAAUUCGAUUAGCUUCUAUCAAAUCUGCGAGUGCAAUUAUAUAAAGGUAAGGCGCUUAAACUAGUCAGAACACGAUGAUGAAGUCGAUGCGGCUGCCAGCUGGUCCCGGUGCACGGGUCAUUGUGUCCGAGCAGAAGAGAGGCGAGGCUCAAUCUCCCAUCAAGAUUAAUAAACACAAAGAUCUGUGUCUGGUCGUGAAUAAGAAGGUUCUCGCAGAGAGGAACCAGGCGGUGGCGCCGGUAGGAGCUUGGGUGGAGAGCGGUUUGGACUGCCAGCAGCACGCAGGCAUCACAGCUCUGCAGACGGAGGAGCUGUUCAAUGAGGUGCACCGGGACAAGGCAGAGAGCCUGAGGAGAUUCCAGCGGGAGGUCAGGCGCAGGGUGGCACAGCGAGCCCGGUUCAGGAAGAAGCAGCAGCUGCAGAAGUCAUACGAAGCUGCUGAGCAUGAAGGGUGUGUGGUGCAGCAGUCCUGCGAUGCUGCCCGGCACCUGACCCCAAAGAAGAACACAUGCAAGUACCACCACCAAAGGGAGCUGGCGAUCUGCAGCCCCGGGUCUCGCUGGGUCAUUGCCCAGGGGCUGGGCGUCCAGGAGGAGGAGGCAGGGCCAUCAUCUGGAGCCUUCCAUCAGCAGGCCAACAGGCUCAGUAAAGUGAUGAAGCAGGCCAGACGCAGGCUGGCUGCCUGCCAGAUUGUCCCCACAGGCGAAGUGACCUCAGAGCUUCCAGGAGGCAUUUGGAGGGUGUCGCCAACCCGAGAUAAGCCUGUGUCUCGCCUGCUGCCCCCUGCUGGUGAGGAAGAUGAAGAUUCGGAGGAGGUCCCUCUGGUUGGGCAGCAUGACCCUCCCCUGGGGCUGCAGGAGGAUCCAACAGGCAGCCAAGCUGGGAAGACAGUCUCAUUUCAAAGCCAACAGGUUUGUGGUCGGUUACUGAGAGAGCCCUACCCGACAGGCCCCUGCCCUGGGUUCAGCACAGAUUACAGGGCUGCCAUGGUGCUCUGUCCUGGCGUGGAUGAAGAGGAAAUCAGGAAACAGCGUCAAACCCAGUACCUCAUGUACCGGCGCCUCUUCAUGGACAUCGAGCGAGAGCAGGUGAAGGAGCAGCGCAGGCAGAGGGAGCAUCACAAGAGAAUAGCCUGCAUCAAGGCAGAUAAGGAGCGUCAGCGACGGGAGGUGGAGAAGAGGAUUCUGGGAUUGUCUCUUACUGAUGAGGAUAGAGAGGAUCCGGGAGAGAGGGAACGAGAGCUCUUGGAGCGGAUGAGACUGGAAGAGCAUGGGGGGGCCCAGGAGGCGAAGGAGAGGACAGAAAAGAUGCAGAAACUCAAGGAGACCACCAGGUAUAUAGAAGCUCUCCGAGCCCAGAUGAGAGAGAAGAUGAAGCUGCAGAGCGUUGACCUGCCCCCUCUCUGCUGCUGUGGGGAAGAGUUCUGGGACUCCCACCCGGACACCUGUGCCAACAACUGUGUGUUCUACAAGAACCCCAGAGCCUAUGCUAAAGCUUUGCAGUCAGUGAUCUCCUCCUGUGACAUGUGGGAGGGGAACCGAAGCAAUCAAGUCUCGAUGAGGAGGAUCGCUAAUGCACACGCGCGCUCCCCCAGGAAGUAGAUCCCCGGCACAGGAAAUAGCAGGCGAUCAUUCAACCAAAGUGAUCCAGUAAAAAGAUUGUAGUGAACUCGGGGAUUGUUAGAGCUUGACAGAAUUAGACUCGAGAAUUAAUGGAGAUACUUCUGCGCAAUGAUCAGAAUCCCAGACAUGUAUAGCACCACAAUAGCCAUGUUGUUGUGUGUAGUGUUGUCUUGAUUUUAAGUAUUGCUGUGCUGUAGCUUUAGAGGUGCUAGGAUUACUACAAGGAAUUUGUCCGUGAGUAUGUUGGGGAGGUGGGGUAGUUCUGGACCAGGCAAACAGACCAUGUCCCUUACACAGAUUUCACAUUUAUUGUUCGUGUGUCCAAAUGCAUAGAAAGACAUUUCAUAUCAAUACUGCACUGGUUGUGAAAAAAGUCAUUUUGGAGACGGCUAGCUUCAAACCAGCUCUACCUCUUCUUCCCACCAAAGGCAAUGCGUGCAGUUCUCAAUAAUUAAUACUAUUUAAUUAUGAAAUAUUUCAAUUGAUUGUUGUGUUUCCAUUUUGCAGUUUAUGGAAAUCCUGAAAAUGUUUGUGGUGGUGUUUUUUGUGAAUAUAAAUUAAACAUUUUAAUUUUA